AUGGCAAAGGCAGCGAUUACAAUUUUAUGUCCAAGUGGACAUCGCCGAAAGGCGAAUAUGACGCCGAAUAGUAAUUUGUUACAAGUUUUGGAAGAUAUGUGUCAUCAAGAAAACUUAGAUUCAUUUGAAUGGGGCAUCACACAUCAACGUAAAAAGUGUGAUUUGACGAUUCCGUGGCGUUUAGCAGGAAUUCCAACGAAUGCUCUUUUGGAAAUGUAUAAGUUAGAAGAACGCCGACCAAUGAGCGAUGUGACCAUUCAGUUACAACUAUCAGAUAAUUCAAGACAUACCGGUAGUUUUCAACCGUCCAUUACUCUUCGAGAAAUGUUAGAACAGUAUCGGUGUCAGCCGAACAGUUUAGUAGCUGUUUUUGACAAUUCAAUGAAUAAUGACGGACAGUUACAUCCGGUAUGUUCGUAUAUGAGCGAGGAAAUUAUCGGUGAUUAUGCCUUGUCGAAUACGACGAUACGUGAAUUAGGAUUAACUAGCGGAGCAGCUGUGAUUCGUUACAAUCAUCGUGCAGUGAAUGAAGAGGAUUUGAAAAAGAUCAACAGUCGCAUUGAUGAAAAACUCGCUCGCCGUCAUCGACAAUCUCAACCACAACCACAAACAACAGAGUUUAUACCUGCUGCUCCUCUUCCACCAGCACAGGCGGCAACAACAAUAUCUGCACCUCAAUAUCCAGUCAUAGAUACUUCAGUAACAUCCUUCCGGAACGAUGAAUACUCGAUAUUUCGCGAUAUUCCUGCAUCACGUCCAGUUCCAACCACGACUCAACAGCAACAACCGAGAACAUUAGCUGAAGCUCUGGGCAUAAAUAUUUCAUUGGAUCAACCAUCUGUAUUCGAACAACAUCAAUCACUACAAUCUCAACCUAACUUUAGCAAUUUUAAAUUUCCAGAGGCAACCAAAGGGCAAAAUCUUUUUCAAAAUGAACUUUCUGACAAUAACUCUCACCCUCAAAAUUCGAAAUCCUGCGAUCGACAUGCUAUGGCUUACGAUCUUACAAAAGUUCCACCUACGUCCGCCAAUCGAACUGAAGAUUUACCAGAUAGUUUCUUCGAAUUAACUCCUGAUGAUCUCCGAUCCGUAUUAAACAGUUUAAGACAACAAAGUGAGGAAGAAAAUGCAUUAGAGACACGUUCAAUGCGUGAGCAAGCUCAGUCAGCACGUGCUAAUUCUUACCAACAUAUCGCUAUACGAUUUGUUGUAAAUUCCAGUCUUGUUCUUCAAGGUUUAUUUUAUCCCCAAGAAACAGUUGCGAACCUUUUGGAAUUCGUCCGAGCAAACCUGAUCUGUCCUCAUUUGAAUCAAGCAGAGUUUUAUCUUUAUACAUCACCACCACGUGUCGUCCUAUCAAACUUAACAAAAUCACUCUCAAGUUAUGAUUUAAUCCCCGCGGCUUAUGUUUAUCUUGGCCAUCGAAAAGUUUCACCACUUGUUGUUGAACUCGCAUCCAAUGUUCCCGUUGGAACGAUCGAUGAAGCGAAUCAAUUAGUAGCCAAGUAUGUUUUCAAUCGGUCGCAAGCGUUAGAUGCAGAAGAUGCGAAUGCGACAAAUCGACCAGUUAAACGGAACACACCGAUGAACAAUAUGGAUGACAAACAGAUCCGAGAUAAAUUCAGUAAAUUUUUACCUGGAAAAAAAUAA